CUAACACCCGCAGGCCUCUCGCCCCGCCCCGCUCUCCAUUCCUGCCCCGCCAAUACCUAACUGGCUUUAAGUAGGUAGGUACCUCUUUACCGUAGGUACCACCUGCUUACAUAGUACCUCAUGUUGAAGUUGUUCGCGAAUCGCAAUGUCCCUAGGUACAUAGUACCUAUGCAAUUUUGGUCAUCGAACUCAAAUCACCUGGGCUUUGCUGGGACCGGAAAGGUUGCCUUGGAUUUAGCACGGCUCCUCCCCCCCACCCGAAACCAAACCCGUGCCUCCAACCUUUAACCUACCUCACUUCAACACCUUUACCAACCCGAGAACCCAUAAUCAUAACCAUCUAUCUAUCUAUCCAUCCAUCCAUCAUUAUCAUCAUCACCACCCUCAUCAAACCAACGCCACUAAAAGAAGAAGAAUAAGAAGAAAAUUAUCUAAUCUCUUAAUUUUAAGGUCGUCUUUUCUUUUUCUAACCAAUCUACCUGAUUUCUCAACUCGUUUCCGCAUCUCUUUCUUUAUCUUCCGCUGUCCGUCUCGUUAUUGCCAACGAGCAUCACCCGUUAAGAUGCGAUCAAAGUUUAAGGACGAACAUCCCUUUGAGAAGCGCAAGGCUGAGGCCGAGCGCAUUCGUCAGAAGUAUGCCGACCGUAUUCCGGUCAUCUGCGAGAAGGUUGAGAAAUCCGAUAUCGCGACAAUCGACAAGAAGAAGUACCUCGUCCCCGCAGAUCUUACCGUAGGCCAGUUUGUCUACGUCAUCCGCAAGCGCAUCAAGCUAUCUCCGGAAAAGGCAAUUUUCAUCUUCGUUGAUGAGGUCCUACCUCCAACUGCUGCUCUCAUGAGUAGCAUUUAUGAGGAGCACAAGGAUGAAGACGGAUUCCUCUACAUAACCUACUCGGGCGAGAAUACUUUCGGCGGUGCUGCCUAAGGCCUACUCUUUCUCGGAUUUUCCCAAACGGCGUUAACGGUUUAUCUCGGGUUGGACGACAACGGUGUGAUUAUUAGUGGCGAUGAACUAUGGAUAGGGACAGGAAUGGUCACGACGGAUGAUUGAUAGGAGUUGUGUCUGUCUGCCUGCCUAAUCACGUUCCGCUCCCAGGUGUGUGUAGGUGACAAAUUAGAUAGACCCUUUUUUUUCAUUUCGUAUCAUCAAUAUCAAUGUGGCCUGUCUAUGAAUUCACAUGUUGGGCAUCUGGAGCUUGAAGUGACUUGUGUAGUUGAGAAUGCACGUCCUAGAUCUACCUUGGCGUCACAAUCCUCCACGAUUAUUGAGUUAGCUCUAAUCUCCUAUUUCGGUUCUAAGGGGCGAGCCGCAGUACACCGCUACCUAAGGGGCCUCUUCAGUUGUCGACGCUAUUUGGACCUUAUUAAUAGGACCAUAUAUGUUCUUUCCCUGUAUCAACUAGUAAUAAAGAAAAAUCUAUCUAAUGGAAUAUCAAACCUA